UUUCGAAUUUUUUUAAUAUGAAAUGUCGUCUACAUGUACAUAAGCCUUUUACUAUUCUAAGCGAACGUAGCCAUGAUUGUGAAAACAGCAGUAACAUGGCGUACGCUUGAAACGUCAAACUAGCAUUAAACUUGUAAAUACAUUAAUGCCUUGAUCGAAUGUAUCGUUUUUCGUCAUACCAAUCAAUAUAAAACGAAUGAACAGUAAUCGUCAUGAAUACGUAAUCUAUAUCAGUAAAUGAAUAAAGCCAUUGGAAAUGCUUAUUGACAGAAACAAUUCAGGAAUAUCGGGAAAUUCAUUUGAUCGUUGGAUACAGAAGUCAAAUGCACAAAAUGAUUCUCCGAUUAUUAAGAUGCAACAUCAAUAUUGGGUAACAAAACAAGCCUUAUCUCGUAAAUUAGGAAAAAAAGAAGAUGACUGCAUAGUUGCUUCGGAUGCAGAAUUGGAUGCCAAACUUGAAUUAUUUCGUAGUAUUCAAGAAUCCUGUUCCUAUUUGCAAAGAGUUAUUGAUAAAUAUCAAGAAAGAUUAUGCAAUCUUGCGCAAGAAGAAAAUACUAUGGGUCGUUUUCUAAAAGAAGCUGGUAAACAAGAUAAAACAAGAGCUGGCAAAAUGAUGUUAGCUGUUGGAAAAUCAUUGUCUUAUUCUGGACAACAAAGACUUGCACUAAGAGUACCAUUGGGAAGGUUAUAUCAAGAGGUUGAAACAUUUAGGCAAAGAGCUAUCGAAGAUACGUUGCAAAAUGUUCAGUCAAUGGAAAAAGCACGGACAGAAUAUCGUGCUGCAUUAUCGUGGAUGAAAAAUAUUUCUCAAGAAUUGGAUCCGGAUACCUCUAAACAAUUGGAGAGAUUUCGAAAGGUUCAAACACGUGUCAGACAAGGGAAACUAGCGUUUGAUAACUUGGCUUUGGACUGCCUACAGAAAGUAGAUUUGUUAGCUGCAGCCAGAUGUAAUAUGUUUAGCCAUGCUUUAGUUUUAUAUCAAAGUACUCUGCUUAAUUUUACUAAAAAAUCUGCACAAGCUUAUUCUACAAUAGCGAAUAGCUUCAAAGGCUAUCAAAGAUACGAUUUUAUGGUUGUAAGAGAACUUGCAGAAACCUCUUCUAAAUUGGCACAGGAAACCGGGGGAGAUGAUGAUCCUGACAAUAAGGAUAAAUUAUUAUUUUUUGAAACGGAUUAUCAUGAUAAUGUUGAGGAAGCUGAAGAGGUAAAACCAAUUACAGAAUGUAUAGACAAACAAAAUGAGAAACUCUUAGAUAUCGAAUCUGACCCAAAAGACAUAUUGGAGUCAAAAGAUUUAAAUACUAGUCCAAGUUCAACCAAAAAUGGAAUAGUAGAACAUCUUAAUAGUGAACAUAACAAAGAACUCGAUCAAUUUUUUGGAGAUCUGAAUCUUGAAAUAAAUAAAUCUAUAAAUGAUAACAAACAAAAAAUAGACAAAAUAAAUAUGAAAACUCAUUUAGAUAUAGAUAAAAGUUUGUCAGAACUGGAUUUGGCAAUGGAUGUAUUUGAUAUUUGCGAUACAGGUUUUAACUUAACAGAUCUCUCUUCUACAGUAUCAGAAAACCAAAGUAGUCAACCACUACAAUUAUUGACUUCAGAAAAUUCUGCACUUUUAAGUGAUAUCAUCAAUGACAAAGAUGAAUGUAGUAACUCAAAUGAGUGGGAUGCUAUAUUAAAUGAUACCUUUUUGCCACCAAAUAUAUUAAAACAAAGUUUAGGUGAUGCAACACUUGGUGUUGGACAAAAGGAUAUGCAACUUACAAAUACAGAUGAUAAGAAAAAAAAUAGGAUUGGAAAGGGCAAAGGUAAUUCAUGGUUAGAUUUAUUUGCAGAACUCGAUCCACUAGCUAAUAAUCCAAUGGAAAGCUUAGGUAGUGAUGGGGAUGCACCUGUGUAACUUUUAUGACGUCGAUAUGGUAUUGUCACAACAUGAUUAGUUGCAUCUGAUAAACAGGACGAAGAAUGAUCCUUUAUGUUUCAUUAUGCAUACUAAGUGUUGAUGAAACGUUCAUCUGUUAUCAACAUUAAGUGAUUGCAUAAAUAUAUACCUGCAUUUAAGCUAUUCAAAAUAAUUAAAAAUAUAAUUAAAUUUAUAUAUUUUAAGAAUAUGGUUUUAACAUAACCAUGAUAAAGAGAUAUAUUUCCAUUUCAUAAAUUUUUCAUACAAGCUCUCUACCAAAGAUAAUACAAGCUCCAAACAUGUAUUAAGAUCUACCAGUCAAAUAUUUAUUUAAAAUAUAUGAAAAAAAAUUUUGUUCUCACGAUAAUAAAAUGUAUUAUUUGAUUACUAUAUAAAGAUUAUAGUACAAUUUGCCAGAAGAUGCACUGAAACAUCGAAUGUAUAUAAGCACUCUCAUAUUCUCUUGUAUUUGUAAUGUUUCUAAAUGUUUGAUUUUUCUUAUUGCAAUCGAGAACUCGAAUUAAAAACUUUUGUUUAUAAGGUACUCAGAAGGUACCAAGCAGCAUUCAUACCCUCUCUCCUAUAUACGUAAGGUAUAUGUUCAUUCUUAGAUUAUUCUUUAAGAUAAUUCUUUUUCUUUAAAUAAAAUAAAUAUAAUGUAAAUAAGCUA